UUGCUGACCAGCAAAGAAGAGAGAAACUGAGAAAGCAGGUAGCCCGGUGUGAAGAGGAUGUGAGUGUGGGUAAAGCUGCCUCCCGGUCAAGCUCAAGAGAGAGUGGAAGGCUGCUGCCAUCCGCUUUUGGAAAGAGUUUCUUGGAAGCAGAAGACAGAGAUGGUCUCUGUUGCUGUGCUCAGCACCUAUCAAGAAUGCCGUCCCCUUACAGCAAGCCUGGCUUAAUUUGCUCCACUCCAGUCAAAUACACCCAAAAAGAUUCAUGGAAUACAUCUAAUGUGUCCAACUCAAACUCAAGUCUCAGUACUUCGAGUACACCAAGAAAACGCUCUGGACUUUCCUGCAGUUGCUCCACUGGUAGUUCUGUGAGCAGCAGUCGUUCCCAGGGGUGUCGAAGACGCAACCCCAAAGUAUGCAGCGGGGACCUUCUAGAAAGGCACUCUGAAUUCUUUACUGAGAGACGAAAACCUUUCACUCCACGCACCCUAAUAUCAGAUGCUAAAUCUUUCUUGUCAGAGUACAGGUAUUACACUCCUGCUCAAAGGAAAAAGAAAAAUCACUGCAAGCAGCAUGUGGAAGCUCAAACACAGACUGAUUUGACCAG